AUGGAGCGGAUGGACACUCGAGAAGACGAUGACUUCCGGGCCAGAUCAGAAGCAUUCAUCUCUUGGCUCGAACAAAAUGGAGCAACGAUAUCCGACAAGAUCGAAUUGGCUGAUCUGAGACAGCAAGGUGCUGGACGGGGCGUUGUUGCAACACAAGACCUCGCCGAAGACGAAGAACUCUUCAGCAUCCCACGCUCAUCGAUCCUCACCACCGAAACCUCGACGACUCCAACCGACGCCCUCCAAGAGAUCGACGACCCAUGGCUGUCCCUGAUAGCCACCAUCGUGCUCGAAUACCUCAAAGGCACACCAUCGCCCUGGAAACCGUACUUCGACAUCCUCCCCGAAAAUUUCGACACCCUCAUGUUCUGGACCGACGACGAGCUCAAAUCCCUCGAGGGCAGCGCGGUCGUGAACAAGAUAGGCAAAGAAGGAGCCGACGAGACAUUCACAGAACAAUUAAUCCCCGUAAUCGGGAAAGUCAUCAAGAAAGAGUCCCUCCCGGGUCUGAGCAACGAACAGCUCCUCGCACUGUGUCACAGAAUGGGAUCGACAAUCAUGUCCUACGCCUUCGACCUCGAGAACCCUGCCAAGAACCGCGAAGACGGCUGGGAAGAGGACUCGUCCGACGGCGAGGGGGAAGAAGGAGCCGUCCUCCCUAAAGGCAUGGUCCCCAUGGCGGAUAUGCUCAAUGCCGACGCCGAUAGGAACAAUGCUAAACUCUUCUACGACGACGACAAGGUCGUUAUGAAGACCCUCAGAACCGUCAAAGCCGGCGAAGAGCUCUAUAAUGAUUUUGGGUCACUGCCGCGAGCGGAUCUGCUCAGGAGGUAUGGGUAUGUGACGGAGAAUUACGCCAAGUACGAUGUUGUGGAGAUUCCUGCCGAGUUGAUUAGGGAGAAGGCGAAGGAUCUCUUCAAGCUUGGUGAGAAAGACCUCGACGAGAAGUGGGAGUACCUCGACGAACAAGGCGUUCUGGACGACGGGUACGACGUCUCGCGAUCUGGGAGUGAAGAUGGACAGUUUCCUGAAGAGCUUGGCGUUUUGAUCAAUCUUCUCGCGACGCCGAAAGCCGAGUUCGACAAGUGGAAGAAGAAAGAGAAGCUGCCCAAGGCGGAUUUGACGAGUGAAGCAAAGAAGUUGCUGCGAACGAUUUUGGUCUAUCGAUACGCCAUGUACCCCGAAGCUGGAGCGACGAUCGACAGCGACGACCGACGACAUCAGAUGGCCGUGCAGGUUAUCCAAGGCGAAAAGGAGGUUCUGCAAGAAGCUGUCGCUGCUGUCACGGACUCGACUACUGGCAACAAGCGAUCAGCAGAUACUCUGGAAGACGAAGCCGCCGCGAUUCGACAACCAGCAAAGAAAUAG